AUGGCAUCGGAACAGGGACUGGUUCGACUAUGGAAGACGAAGCACAUCCAAGAAGUUCUCAAGAGCUAUCUAGCAAAAAAAGACCUCACCGCAUGCCGUCUAGUAUCUCGCGAGCUCGCUGUCUACAUCGCACCAAUCCUCUUCGCAGACAUUGAAGUCCGUUUCCGCAGCAGCACUUUCAACAGGCCAUCACGGAUGGCAGCUCUAGAGCGUAUCGGGGGACACAUCCAGGCCAUGACAUUUAAGAUCUCACAUAAUAGGGAGACCUUCUUACCUCCAAUCCUGGAUCCAAUCAUGGGGACAGAACAGACGUUCAUCUACACACCACAACGAUGCCAACAUAGUGGCAGCCUCAGGUAUGGUAGCCGGCAAAUGACAGAGUUAUUAGUCAAGCAGUACCCGCCUCUGUUCCAUGCAUCUACAAACAUCCCAUCAUUUGUCCAGGCAUUGACGAUGAUGAGCGGCUUGCAACAUCUGCGAAUCUCCUGCGAGGGUCAGCUACCAAGCCAUCGCUACCGCCGAAGUGUAGUAGAUUAUGCAUUGAUCUCAUUGCGAAUGGCAAUCGAGCAAGCACCAUUGAAAGAUCUCCACACCCUGUCAUUAUUAUCAGUCCACCCAGGAGCGGUCCUUUACCUGCGUCCAGCUCUAGGAUUUGGUGCUUCGCCUGCAUCCUGCAAGCGCUGGUCCCAGAUCCGCAAGCUCACGGUCCACAUGACGAAUUUCGGCCAUGAGCCAGGUCAACCGACGGACCACCUCAAGCUCCUCCAUGCAUACCUAGCAAGCUUCCCAUCUCUGCGAAGACUGGUCUUUCAUUGGGAAGGCGAGAGGGGCCUAUUACCUCUAUCACUUGCAACAGAGCUGAGCCUCAACAGCAAAGCCACAGGAAAGCCAAGUCAAGCAUGUCCUCAGAGAUGCGCGUCACCCUUACGGCCAUUGAAAUUCAAACAUCUUCAGCAGAUGGAGCUGGUCAAUGCAACAACGGACGCGUCGCAAGUGGCGUCUUUCAUCCAGGAGCACCGGAGUUCCCUACGCGAGUUCAACUUCGAAAACGUGGUGCUUCGCAGCGGAAAUUGGGACGACGCGCUCGCGCCGUUGACACGACUCAGCGGCAGCGAAGGGUGGAAGCAGGGUCAGCGCGACACCGACACCGUGGAUGUGCCAAUAGUGUUGAGUCUAGCGGGAGUCAGCCAGAAACAGUUAUAUAAGGCGAUUUGUGCUCUGCAGCAACAAAAGGGACCGAGAACGCUGAGAAAUUUGGCCAAAGCGCGAUCCCGGACACGUGAGCUGCUGUUGGGAAGCCCGGAUCAUAUGAAGCGGCUGCUUCGGUCUUCGGUGUUUAGUUGGCGGUGA